AUGACGAACGCAACCUGGGACUAUGACGGUCUGAGAGUCACUAUGACUUCUACAUUCGACUGGCGUUGGAGUGACUCUGGUAGUGGUGGGAAAAGAAGCGCUACCUUCUUUCACCCACGUGCUCAAGGAAACUUGUGCGCACUAGGAAGUUACGGUAAUCCCGCCUACGGAGAGAUCACAGGGAAAAAGUCUGUGCUCCUGGUUGGGCCAAGUCCUAACGCACCUGCCGGAGUUGCCCCUGCCGUUGCAAGACCAACGAGCUACACAAACAUGUGGAGCGACAGUGGCUCUGGCGGAGCCAAUGAUGGUACCAUGUGGCGACCCAUAGCUCCAUCUGGAUAUGUCGCAAUGGGAGAUGUCAUGGCUACAGGGUACGGAAAACAGCCUAGCGUAAACGACGUCUGGUGCUUGCGCUCAGAUCUCACCCGCCUAUCCACCUAUGAGGCAAGCGACUUUUGGAACGAUGGAUCAUCUGGAGCUGACCGCAACUGCUCGACCUGGAAGAUUGUUACAGAGUCCAAUGGUAUUGAUGGUUCCGAAUAUCUUCCCAUACCUCCUUACACCUUCCGCGUCUCGCAGGGUUAUGGCAGGGCAGAUACGAGCUAUGCUGUCGUGCCGCUUUUGAAAGUUCCUAAUGCGUUCAAAAGGUUCGAAUUUGCUUUACCGACUGUCACGAGAACAACAAUCCCUAGCACUGGCGACCAAUUUGGCCAACAAGAACAGUGCUCUGUGGUGUUGCCUUUCAUAUUUUAUCUCCCAAACGACAGCGCAUGGAAUCUUGCUAGGAUAUCCAAACCUUUCUAUACUGUCAGUCGAUCAGUUGCUUGGAAUGUUGAGGGGGUAUGGAACAAUGACAGCGCAGGUGACUUUAAUCGUUCGAAGACCAUCAAGUGGGGGAUAAGUAAGACUCAAAGCGAAGAGAUGGUGCACUCAGCUGGUGUAUCUAUCUCGGCUUCAUAUGGUAUCAAAGGUUUCGAAAGUAGUGUUACACUCAAUUACCAGUUCACUCAAACCAAUUCAAAAUCCUUCACUGAAUACGAAGAAGGAGAGACCACCGAGUCAUUCGUUGUUCCCGGAAAAACAGUGAAAGUCUUGUUCAGCAAGCAUAUUUGGCUGAAGGCUAAAGCUGGUGAUGGUACAAUUGCUAGUCAGGUGGAGAUGGUUGCUAAUAACGAUAUUCAUUUUGGUGGUUGCGAUCUAAGCUAA